AUGCAGGACACCCUCACAGCAGGAGCGGGCUUGUGCGACCGCGAGGCGGUCGAGGUCCUGACCAGCGAGGGCCCCCAGCGGGUCGCUAACCUCAUCCAAUGGGGUGUUCCCUUCGACACGAUGCACGGAGAAAUCUCGCUAGGUAUGGAAGGGGCCCAUAGCCGGCCCCGCAUACUUCACGCCGGGGGUGACGCCACCGGACAGCACAUAGAACUGGCGCUGGCCGCCCGCGUAGCCGAGUCUGACAUCAAAGUCCUGGAAUACACCCUGGCCACCCGCCUCGUGAUUGAGGAUGGCCGUGCCGUAGCGGUGGAGACCCUUAACUCCAACACCGGACAAUGCGAAACUUACAGCGCCCGAAUCAUCGUAGUGGGCACCGGUGGGGCGGGCCAGCUUUACAAGUACACCACAAAUCCUGAGGUUGCCACCGGCGACGGCGUGGCUCUCGGCUUUCGGGCCGGUGCGCGGGUUAUGGACAUGGAGUUCUACCAGUUCCAUCCCACCGCUCUAAGCCUGGAGGGCGCGCCAACCUUUCUACUGUCCGAGGCCAUGCGCGGUGAAGGAGCCGUUCUGAGGGACCGGGAAGGCAACGCCUUUAUGUCCGUUUACCACCCCAUGGCCGAUCUGGCGCCCCGGGAUGUGGUAUCCCGGGCCAUCGCCAGCCAGAUGGACAAGACUGAUGGGGGAACGGUUUACCUCGAUAUCUCCCACCUGCCUGCCGAUGUGGUGCAGAAUCGCUUUCCUACAAUUUAUCACUUCUGCCUCAAUUACGAUUUGGAUAUAACGAAAGAACCGGCGCCCGUGGCUCCCGCCGCUCAUUACAUGAUGGGGGGCAUCAAGAUUGAUACUUGGGGCCGGACUAAUGUGCCCGGCCUUUACGCCUGCGGGGAAGCCGCCUGCUCUGCUGUCCACGGCGCCAACCGAUUGGCCAGCAAUUCGCUGCUGGAUACUUUGGUUUUCGCCCGUCGGCUGCGAUUGCCGGAACGGGCCCCGGUCUGCGCCAAUAUGCCGGCCCCGGGACUGGAAAACUUGCAGGACCUGACCUGGCGCAAUGCCGGCAUAAACCGCAACGGAUCUCGGCUGCUGCUUUCGGCCCGCAUUCUCAACCUUUGGCAGCGUACAAUGCCGCCUCCCGAAGAUAGGGCGUCCUGGGAGCUGAGCAACAUGGUGCUAUUGGCCCGGCUGAUGGUUGAAUCUGCCCUGUUAAGGCAGGAAAGUAGGGGCUCCCAUUUUCGGCAAGACUUUCCUGACACACGUCCUGAGUGGGAGAAGCACGUUGUAUUGACCCAAGAGGAGGUAUGA